AUGUUCGCCAAACCCCGGCCCAAGAAAUCCGUGCUCAGCGCGCCUCCCUCUAAGAAGAGAAAGGCGGUCUCCGCAAUCGAGGAGGUCAACUUCGAUUUCGACGCGCGGGAGGACUACCUCACGGGUUUCCACAAGCGCAAGCUGCAGCGGCAGAAAUGGGCUCAGGAGCAGGCUGCCUCGAAGGCGCGGGAGGAGAAGAUUGAGAUGCGCAAACAGAUCAGACAAGAGCGCCAACGAGAAGUCGAAGACCACGUUAAUGCCGUGAGCGCUCUACUCAAGGAGGCCCAGGCGGCAGACUCGGACGGGGAUCAGGAGAUCAACGGAUCAGAUUUCGAAGAAUGGGACGGUAUCGACGAGCCGGCCAAGGAUCAGACAGAUAUCGUGGACUACGAAGACGAGUACAUAGACGAGGACCGCUACACAUCGGUCAAGGUCGAAGCCAUAUCCGUGACGCGGGACGGUCUCGAAAAGAUCCACCAAGACGGCGACGAGCAAGAGAACGAUAGCCAAGACGAAUCCAAGGCGAAGCAGCCGGCACCCGACAGCAAGCCUGCAAAGUCGAAGAAAGAGUGGCCCAAGAAGAAGCAGAAGAAGUUCACCUACGAAACAAAAUUAGAGAGGUCACUGGGAGCGAGGAAGGCAAAAGCCAAAAAGGCAAGAUUUAAGAAAGAGUAG